AUGAAGCGUCAUUCUGGACUCUACAAGGCAGCAUUACAGCUUGGGCUCGGUCAACAUCGCACCCGGCACCUGUUGUUACGAGCCCUCCACGACAUCUCUCGUCGCGUCAAGGUGAUCUUGGACCUAACGAAUAUCGCGUAUCCACCAUCCUCGUUCCGUGGAUUCCCCGCAGAGCGCGGGGAAAACAAGGUGAAAGUCGGUCGAUGUACCUUGGGUGACCGUUAUAAAGGCAUCCUCCUUGCGAGGCAGUUCUGUGCGCCGUCAAGCCCACUCCACGCAGUCGCUUGUGCGUUGGUGCUCUUGCCCACGGCCGUACUCUCCGCCCCUCAGGCUGCUGAUGCCAACCCUUACCUCGGAAAGGUCCCCUUUGCCAACAAGGGAUAUGCUAAGAAACUCGAAGAGACCAUCAGCUACUUCACCAAGCGGCGCGACCUCCUGAGCGCUGCAAGAACGCGCACUGUUCAGAAGAUACCCACUUUUGCUUGGGUCUCAGAAUCCCAGUCUAUCCCAAGCAUCAAAGAACUUGUCAGCGACGCUCUUCGAGCGCAGACACUGACACGGAAGAAGCAGCUCCUUCAAAUUGUUGUCUACAACCUGCCCGAUCGUGACUGCUCAGCCAAGGCAUCCGAUGGAGAGUUCCACCUCGACGAUGAUGGCUUGAACAAGUAUAAGGGUUUUAUUGACUCAAUUGCCGCCGAGUUGCAAACGGUCGCUGCUAAGAAGCUCAGCUUCGUCCUCAUCCUCGAACCCGAUUCACUCGGCAACAUUGUCACCAACCUGAAUGUGCCCAAGUGUGCCGGCGCAGCCAGUGCGUAUAAGGAAGGCACCUCAUACGCCAUUGCUAAGCUACAAAUUCCCAACGUCGCCAUCUACCUCGACGCCGCGCAUGGCGGCUGGCUCGGCUGGGACGACAACCUCGCCCCUUCCGCGACCCUCUUCGCCGAAGUCCUCGAGGACGCAAAGACAAUCACCCCAAACGCCACCGUUCGCGGUCUCGCCAUCAACGUCUCCAACUACAACCAAUACGCCUCCGUCGUCCGCGAGAACUUCACCGAGUGGUCGAAUAGCUGGGACGAGUUCCAUUACGUCAACUCUCUCGCACCGCACCUUGAGACCUCCGGGUACCCCGCGCAUUUCAUCGUCGACCAAGGACGCGCUGGACAGGGGGCGAUCCGCACCGAGUGGGGCCAAUGGUGCAACAUCAGGAACGCUGGCUUCGGGAUUCGCCCGACCACUGAUCAGGCUAGCCCCGUUGCCCAUGUGCCUGCCCCCGAGGCCGGCUCGUGGUUCAAUGACUACGUCGUUAACUUGGUCAAGAAAGCCAACCCGCCUCUUUCCCCUACUCUCUUCUAG